AUGGAUGAUGAUCUCAAAGUAGGAGGGUCUCUCUUAUCACUUGAAGGUGCCCGUGAGAAUCCCGUUGUUGGUUAUGAGCGAUCGCCUGAAGCUGCUCCCAUAAUUGAACCUGCCUCCAUAUCGAGAGCACAGGUCCUGGAUGCCGUCUUCCUCUCCAAAUUGUGGUAUAUCCAUAUUGAAGCAAAAAUGCUUUGUCAUGUGGUCCGAAGAUGGAGCACUGCUACUCAUACCUUUGUAUGUUCAUGGGGAGAAUUUACCCCUACCCUUGAUGACGUGGCAAAUAUCUCUCGCCUCCCAGUCUGUGGCGACCGGAGUCCGUUUGACAUUGCUCCCACCCCGAAAGAGGUAGACAAACUUGCAGUUCUACGGAGAGGUGCUCCUACUUCUCUCAGCACCUCGCUUCAGUUUAGUAACUGGAUACAAUAUUUCGGUGAUGCAAACAGACGAGAACAUUGCCGGUUGGCUGCAUUUAUAGCACUGAAGCUUGGGCGAUUCGUGCUUUGUGACUUUUCACAUGAUUGCUUGCAUGAGCAUGUGUUCUCCUUGGCUUUGGCCAUAGCUCGAGGUGACACAAUUCCCCUAGCCCCCAUGUUCUUGGGACAUCUAUACCGGCUGCUCAAUCAAACUCAGCUUUUGGAGAAAAGUACUUCCGGAACCAUGGGUAUGGAGACCCUCUUGAAUUCUGGUUUCUUGCAGGUGUUUUUAUGGGAACUUCUUAAAGGGUUGGAUGUACAUUCACUCCCUCACUCGCAUGCUAUGAAGCUGGCCGAUUGGGGCAAGGGUUCUUAUAUGCUGGAAAGUAUUCCCUUAGUCUGCAGAUGGUUUAAGAGAAUGCAGAGGAAAGGCCAGAACUUCUUAAAGCUGUUAGAUAAGGUUGAGAACUUUGUCUUCCGUCCUUAUGGCACCUCGGCAGAGACCUUCACCUUUGUGCCCUUUUAUGCUGAUGUUAGUGAUACUGUUGAGGUUUUAGUAGCCAUGUCACAAGGUGGCCAGUUCAGAAAGUAUGCCUUGUUGAACGUUACUCCUAUCCCGUUGCCUACUCUUGGAGACAGCCGCUUAGAAAUUUAUGUACCUUAUGCACCUCAUCAGGUUAGGCAACAGUUUGGGCUUGAUUAA